AUGACUAACAAUUUGACUCGUUCUCGAGUUCUUCAAUUGUACAAACGUUUGAUAAAACUAUCUCACACAUGGCAAGCUGUCGAUCAUCCAGCAAAAACGGCGGAAGAACGAUUGUAUAUUCGUAAUGAAACACGAAAUCUAUUUCGAAAAAACAAGCAUGUUGAGAACGCAAAUGAACUUGAAGAACAUAUCCGGGAAGGUGAAGCACGCGUGGAAUUAGCAUGUCAUUACAAAAAUCCUUAUCCUCGACUAGUCAAUUUACCGACAUAUUCAUUACCACCUAGUCACAACCGGAUUCGAUACAAAAGCGAAUAUGAAGUUGAAGACAUGUCAAGACCAAUCUAUCUCAAGUCAUAUGAGAUAAAAGAAGAAACAUCUGAUAAUGAAGAACCGUCAAAAACUUAG